CGUUCCACCCCGGCUUCCGCUCUGCACCGUGAGGUCCCCGCGCUCCUCCCCUCUGGUCUCCGCCCUCUGCUCCCGGGUGACAGGGAGACAUCGCUGUGUGUGACACCGCCAGGUACUGCUCCCUGUACCGCCAGGUGCUGCCCCGUGUGCCCCCUGUUAUUCCUUCCCCCACCCCUGUUAAUUCCUUGUUGCAGUGCAGGUGGAGCAGACUUUAUCAUCAUAGUGCAGACAUCUGGGUAGUGAGGAGUCCGAUCCUUGUUAUAAGAGGGUGAGCUGUGUCGUGCCUAAGACACUGAGGAUGGACAAGGACAGGAGUCACACAACUGAGAGGAUACUAAAUCUCACCCUGGAGAUCAUCUACCUGCUGACUGGAGAGGUUUACACUGUAGUGAAGAACACAUCUGGAGACCAUAAGACCCUUUGCAGCCAUCCCCGUGUGUCAGGAGGACUGAGCAGGACCCAGAGCCCCAUCCCGGUGCCUCCACCUCACUCAGUGAUACAUGAGAGACACACUGACCAGAAGAUCCUGGAACUCACCAACAAGAUCAUUCAGCUGCUGACUGGAGAGGAGUGGGAGUAUAUAGACAGAGGAGAGGAGAAUCACAGUGUCCCACAGGAGGAUCAGGGCGAAGAUCUGACUAAUAUUAAGGCAGAAAGUCUAGGAGAAGAAGAAACGUAUGCGACUGAUAUUAACGCAGAAGAUACAGAGGGAGAAACAAAGGUGUAUGGAACUGAUCUUAAGGUAGAAAAUAUAAAGGAGGAAGAGACGUAUGUGAGGGGUGAUCAGCAGUGUAAGGAGGAGGAAAUCCCUACAGGUAUCAGCAUAGCAGAUGGACACAGCAUCAGGAAUUCCUCAGAAGAACAUCUCCAUUUAUCUCCAGAUGGUGGUACAGAAGAUAACGACAUCACACAAGAUUAUCCAGAAGAAAAGCCCAUUACUCCAAUUAUACAUCCAGUAACGCACAGUGCAGAUACAACAUCUAAUCCCUCUAACCAUGGGGACUGUUCCCCUGAUACAUCAGCUAUAGGUGACUCUGUCACAGUUUCUACAGUAGAUACAAUACUUCCCAGUUCUAUAGAUGACAAAUGUAUACAGAGCACAAAGCUAAUUAGUAAUCAGUCCACUAUGACAGGAGAGAAGCCAAUUACAUGUUCUGAGUGUGGAAAAUGCUUUACACGGAAAUCAUCUCUGGUUGUACAUGAGAGAAGUCACACAGGUGACAGACUGUUUCCAUGUUCUGAGUGUGGGAAAUGUUUUACACAGAAAUCAGCUUUUAUUACACAUAAGAGAAGUCACACAGGUGAGAGGCCAUUUCCAUGUUCUGAGUGUGAGAAACGUUUUACACGGAAAUCAUCUCUUAUUAAACAUGAGAGAACGCACACGGGGGAGAGGCCAUUUCCAUGUUCUGAGUGUGGGAAAUGUUUUACACAGAUGUCAAAUCUUGUUAUACAUGAGAGAUGUCACACAGGUGAGAAGCCAUUUCCGUGUUCUGAGUGUGGGAAAUGUUUUACACGGAAAUCAUCUCUUAUUAAACAUGAGCGAGCUCACACGGGUGAGAGGCCAUUUCCAUGUUCUGUGUGUGGGAAAUGUUUUACACAGAAAUUAAUUCUUGUUACACAUCAGAGAAGUCACAUAGGUGAGAAGGAUUACACAAAGAACAUUUCUUUAAACCUCAAAAAUGAAAGUAAAAAGGCAAUAUCUAUGAGAGUGAUAGUGCCGGUGCCUCUGUCUCAGAGAGGCAGGGGACACUAUUCGAUGCUGUUUCUAGUUCCGAAGCCAAAUGGAUCCUCCCGGCCUAUACACAACCUCAAAUCCUUGAACAAAUUUGUGAGGGUGUGCAAAUUCUAUAUGGAAACUUUGCACUCUAUUGUACUGGCUUUGGAACACAAGGAUUAUAUGGUAUCCCUGGACAUUCAAAAUGCUUACCUACACAUAGCUAUUGCCAAGUCGCAUCAGCAAUAUCUACGGUUUGCUAUUGGCAACCUUCAUUAUCAGUUCCAAGCCUUGCCUUUCGGACUGACCACGGUUCCUCGGAUCUUCACCAAGGUCAUGGCGGCCAUGACGGCCUUUCUCCGCCGUCAGGGUAUCAGGAUCCUGCCGUAUCUGGACGACUUGUUGAUCCUGGCGAACUCCACAGAGGUUCUCCUCCGUCAUCUGGAACUCAUUGUCCAAUUUCUACAUGCCCACGGGUGGCUCAUCAACUGGAAGAAAUCCUCGCUGGUCCCUGCUCAGAGCAUGGGGGAGCCAGAGUUUGUAGAAUUCACAGAGGAAGUGAGUGCUACAGUGACCCAAAUGAUGCAGAGAAGUCAAUAUUCUGAGGCUGAAGGGCAAGUCCAGAAUCAAUUAUCUUCUGGGUUAGAGCCAGCGGAAAUAUCCAAAAUGGCGCCGCUGCAACCCGUGCAGAUGACUGAGGGGUCCGCCUUGCAAGUGCCUUUUACCAAGGGAGCAAAGUCAUUGUCAACGGGGCCCAUAACCACAUUGGAAGAAAUGAGCAUGGAGGAGCUGAUAGCAGAAUGCCAGCUGCGAGGCAUCCCUUUCCAAUUCUGCACUCGCAGGGAAAUCCUCCAGCUUAUUCUCCAGGAUCAGCGGGAUCCAACAAAAGCAUUCACCGAUUACCGGACGUGGAUCAUUCAUCUCGGCCCAGGGAUGAGUGUGUGGGAACAGCUGGAGUGUCUGGAGGAGUGCUUCAUUGUGGCAGAGGAAGAGGGUGAAGGCACAGUGCCACCCACACCCCUUCCAUCUGCAGAGCAAGAGCAAGUUGUGGAGAUAAUUGUGGAAGCUUCAGUUGUUAAAACCCUGACUGGUACCCCACCAGCUACCAAGCGCACAGACUGGCGGGGGAGGAGGUUAUCCAGGAGGAGGUGUGCGCAGAAGGAGCUGCAGCCCACACAGAGCCCUGACCUCAAACCCAUCGAGCACCUUUGGGAUGAACUGGAACAGAGAUUGCGAGCCAGGCCUUCUCCUCCAACGCCUGACCUCAUAAAUGCUCUACAGAAUGAAUGGGUGCAAAUUCCCACAGAAACACUCCAAGAUCUUGUGGAAAGCCUUUCAAGAAGAGUGGUAGCUGUUAUAGACGCUUCGGCUGCGGGUGAGAGGAGAAGUGUGGGCCCGGGAGCCCCUGGGGGAGUGGGAGUAUAUAGAGGAAACAAGGAUCUGUUCGAGGGCACGAUGGAGAAUCACUGGCCCCUCACAUCACCGGAUGGAUCCAGGUACAGAAAUACACCAGAUGCAUGUCUCCAUCCUCUCUAUUCUCUGGACCGUACACAGGGGAAUCACAGGAUCCCACAGGAGGAUCAGUGUGAAGAUCUGAUUAAUAUUAAACUAGAAGACAUAGAGGGAGAAGAAAAGAUGUAUCUGACUGACAGGAAGGCAGAAGAUAUAGAUGGAGGAGAAGAAGAGAUGUAUCUGAAUAUUAUAAAGGUAGAAGAUACAGAGGGAGAGGAAGAGAUGUAUGUGACUGACACCAAGGCAGAAGAUCUAGAUGGAGAAGAAGAGAUGUAUGUGAAUGCUAUGAAGGUACAAGAUACAGAGGGAGAGGAAGAGACGUAUGUGAGGGGAGAUCAGCAGUGUAAGGAGGAGGAAAUCCCUACAGAUAUCACCACAGCAGAUGUAUGUAACAGAAGAAAUAUAUGGCAGGAGCAUCUCCUUUUAUCUCCAGACUGUGACAUAGAAGAUAACAUCACAAGAGAUUCUCCAGCAGAAACUCCUAUUACCUCAGUUAUACAUCCAGGUCUUCACAGUACAGAUCUGUCAUCUGACCCCACUUAUCAUGAGGAAUGUUCGGCUAGAGUAGAUACCAAAUGCUUUAUACAGGACACAAAGCCUAUUACACAUCAGCCAGCUAAGACAUUUCCAUGCUCCGAGUGUGGGAAAUGUUUUACACAGAAAUCAUAUCUUGUUAUACAUGAGAGAAGUCACACAGGUGAGAAGCCAUUUCCAUGUUCUGAGUGUGGAAAAUGUUUUACACAGAAGUCAUCUCUCGUUUUACAUGAGAAAAUUCACACAGGUGAAAAGCCAUUUCCAUGUUCUGAGUGUGGAAGAUGUUUUAUACAGAAAUCAGAUCUUGUUAAACAUGAGAGAACUCACACAGGUGAGAAACCAUUUUCAUGUUCCGAGUGUGGGAAAAGUUAUGCACAGAGAUCAGAUCUUGUUAAACAUGAGAGAAGUCACACAGGUGAGAAGCCAUUUCGAUGUUCUGAGUGUGGGAAAUGUUAUGCAGAGAAAUCAUAUCUUGUUGUACAUAUGAGAAGUCACACAGGUGAGAAACUAUUUUCAUGUUCUCACUGUGGUAAGUGUUUCAUAAGGAAAUCACAUUUUGUUAUACAUGAGAGACAUCACACAGGUGAGAAACCAUUUUCAUGUUCUGCGUGUGGGAAAUGUUUCGUACAGAAAUCAGAUCUUGUUACACAUGAGAGAAGUCACACAGGUGAGAAACCAUUUCCAUGUUCUGAGUGUGGGAAAUGUUAUGCACAGAAAUCACAUCUUGUUAUACAUAUGAGAAGUCACACAGGUGAGAAACCAUUUCCAUGUUCUGAGUGUGGGAGGUGUUUCUCACAGAAAUCACAUGUUGUUACACAUGAGAGAAGUCACAGAGGUGAGAGACCAUUUUCAUGUUCUGUGUGUGGGAAAAGUUAUGGACAGAAAACAGAUCUUGUUAUACAUGAGAGAACUCACACAGGUGAGAGACCAUUUCCAUGUUCUACGUGUGGGAAAUGUUUUACACAGAAAUCACAUCUUGUUAUACACGAGAGAACUCACACAGGUGAGAGACCAUUUUCAUGUUCUGAGUGUGGGAAAUGUUUUACACAGAAAUCAUAUCUUGUUAAACAUUGGAGUAGUCACACAGGUGAGAGAGACGGCAUUAUGCUAAGCAGCCUUUUUGUAUAACAGUAGCCAUUUCUCUGUGUGUAAGAAGAAAUAGACGUUUUGGUAAGAACUUACCAUUGAUAACGUGAUUUCUCUUAUGUCCACAGGUAUCCACAGGAUAACAUUGGGAUAUGCCGGAGC